AGGAACUGAGAGAUACAGUAGAAACUUUUUAGGAACAGAGAGACAAAGCUUCUACACACCCAAGUAAAUCGGAUAAUUUGACAGGAUCUUUGUUGUCUUGUGGGCUUCUUUGGUGUGCCACCCAAGCAAGGAAGCUAUGGAGCACUACUCAGACCAGGGCUGUGAUGGCAUCGAGCUGCUUGACUGGCUGUUUGAUCAAAAUGAUGGAAUUCUCCGUCAUGAGGAACCAGGACACCAUGGCAACCAUCACACCUGGCCAAUCCAGGACCCAAAUAUGCUGCAGCCGGCUGAGCAGGCAGAUGAUGACUUUCUCAAUUCCCUUCUAAGUGGAAAUGAUUCUGUGUCAGGCUCGCCUCUCUGGUCUCCUUCUCCCAGUGACAGUGGGAUCAGCGAGGACCCUCCCUCAGACCAGAUGGACAGCCCUCAGCGCCCCGAGAGCCCCCCUGGGGACACUCACUACUUAGGCCCAUGGCCACAAACCAAGGCAGCCCUGGAGGCCAACAUCUCCAUUGACCUCAAUGGCUGGGAGCCUGGCUUCCCAAUGGACAGGACAAAGAUUACGCAAUAUCCUUCUGAUGUACAUAGACCACAGCUGUCCUCUGGCUUCCCUCUAACUGUUAAGGAUCUGCUACUGUCUGGAACACCGGAGCCAGCCCCGCAGCCAUCACAACAGUCCAUUCAAGAACUGAUUCUCAAUGAAGAUGAGAAAAAGCUUUUAGCAAAGGAGGGGGUGACUCUGCCCAGCCAGCUACCUCUUACCAAGUAUGAAGAAAGGAUUCUGAAGAAAAUACGCAGAAAGAUUCGCAAUAAGCAAUCUGCCCAGGAAAGCCGGAAGAAAAAGAAGGAGUAUAUUGAUGGGCUGGAGAGCAGGAUGGCUGCCUGCAAUGCACAUAAUCAGGAGCUGCAGAGGAAAGUGUCGCAGCUGGAGAAAUGUAACAUGACACUAAUGGAACAGUUGCGCAGGCUCCAGGCUCUGGUCAUGAAUACAUCUAACAAGCCAGCCCAGACUGGGACAUGUGUACUGGUGCUGCUGCUGUCUUUCUCCUUAAUCCUGUUCCCCAGUCUCAAGCCGUUCUCUGACACCGAGGUCAGCCAAGGAGACUUCAGCCCAGUCAGAAUCCAGUCACGGUCCCUGCAGAACCUCCAGGCUUCCCGCGUGCUGCAUGUCAUUGACCCCCCAUUCUCCGCUGAGGAUGAAUCAGAAUCUCUGCACCGGCAUUUCCCAGGAGACUUAGGAUUGGAGGAUAUUACUUCACUGAUGGGGAAGCUGAAAGUGAACGAACAACGGUCCGGUAUGGAGCCCGUGUCUGUAAACAGCAGUCAGGAAGAAAGGAUGGGUCACUUUCAAGUCGACCCAAUCACUGGUCACAUAGCUUCUGUGACCUUGGAUCCCCACCGCUCUGCUAGGCUGCGACCACACGCUGAUGACAUGUAAAAGAAAUGAAGACACAUGAAUUCCCCAAAUCCUCCUCCUCCUAAUAGUAGAUCAUGGAAUAAUCUUGGGCUGCUGUUUAUAUAGAAAUUACGUUUUAAUCAUUCCUGUUUUGCCUUUAACAUACAUGCAUGUCUGUUUGCCUUUUCUUUAUUUGUGAUACUGUUUUAUAUCAAUACUCAGAUAUGAAUGUUAAACUGAAAUUUCCUGUCGGGUUGAACUGUGUAUCCUUUGGCUUCUGGUUUUGAUAAAUUGCCAGUGUAAAUUAGUGUGUGUUUGGGUGAAUAGAGCUGUGAUGAUGUGUACAGUUUUGAUCUCAGCGGAUAAUAGGUAAUAUGUUUCAGGAUUUUGAAAGCAUGUUUACACUGAAGAAUUUAUUAGAACUGUUUCGCUUCGUCUGUGGAUAAGACUGCUUCAAAUAAAAAGAUGUCAGAAAGAGAAAUGUGUAUCAAAAUUACCGUAUAUGCAUUUAAGGGCUUUAAUAAUUAAAAGCAACUCCAAGCACAAGGUAUAAUAUUUCUACUGACAGUUCUGCCAGAAAAGAUGUGAUCCGAUGUCUAGACAAGCCAUCCUUUUAAAGGCAAGUAUAGUAGCUUGGAUGUCAGUAGAGACAUGGUUUACAGGGAGAGAGAGACCAAAAAGUAGGCCAAAGGUGACCUCUUAUCUCUUGACUCAGAUUUCUUACCCAAUAACUGACGUGUUGAUAUAUUUACUCACUGAAGAUAGGCUGCCGCUUGUGUCUACAGCACUUGCCGUCUCUGUCUUGUCAGUGCAGACUACCCACUGAUGGGAUGAAAGUGUUUUUAACCCUGCUGCCUCUUAGACCAGAAUUUCAAGGUCUGACUUGUUCAGGUUGACAUUUUCUAUGGCUGAAAGACUUAACGUCACAGAGGAACCAGAGAUGCUCUUGUGAAAUUAAUUGGACUCCACUGUAGAAACUGGCUGAUUAUUGUUUUGACAGAUCAGAUUAAUGAUUGAAAUAAAGUGUGAAUAAAACACCAA